AUGUGCAUUAAUAAAAGAAGCGGGCUGAGUUCGUGGGCCUCUGAUUAUGUAAUACCACUGAGUCAUUCUUUGUUGGAGACCACAAGCACAACACAACUGAAGGUGCAGAAGAAAGAAAGUCCUCUAAUGGCUGCUCAGUGUUUUUGUCCACUCGCGCCCCCGGUCAAACCAUCCCCAUCAACAGCUUCUCUUUCAUUUCUACCCUCGCGCGCUCGCUCCCUCUCCUUCCACCGCCUCUCUACUGCCACCCUCACUUUUCGACUCAAAUCCAAUUCUAUCCGCUGCGCUUUAUCGCCGGAGUUGAAAACCACGCUGGAUAAAGUGGUGACGUCCCAGAAAGUAGUUCUAUUCAUGAAAGGAACAAGGGAAUUUCCCCAGUGUGGAUUCUCAAAUACAGUCGUCCAAAUUCUGAAUUCCAUGAAUGUGCCGUACGAGACGAUUAAUAUACUGGAGAAUGAAAUUCUUCGUCAAGGAUUAAAGGAGUAUUCUAGCUGGCCUACUUUUCCUCAGCUUUAUGUUGAUGGUGAAUUUUUUGGUGGCUGUGAUAUUACUGUCGAUGCAUACAAGAGCGGAGAGUUGCAAGAGUCAUUGGAGAAAGCAAUGUGCUCGUGAAUCUAAGAAUUGUUGAAGGUUGUUUCUUUGUUCACUUGGUAAAAUUGGUUGUGAUGUAAUUGUUUGUUGUUUAAAGACAAUCUUUUUAUAUCAAUGUUGGUAAGCCGGUAACUUAACUCUUCAUAAUGAUUUUACAGUUAUUGGGAUGCAUUUUUGGCAGGAGAGCUCCUAGCAGUAGUCUAGCUGUAGAUUUCCCCCUCAAAAUGCUCAAACAAAUGGCUGUUAAAAUUCUUUGAUGGAACUGUAACCAAGGGCUUUUAAAAAAGUGUUGUUAAGUAUGGUAAUUGAACAAAUAAUGACUGAUUACAUAUCUUUGAAGUUAUAUCUGUAUAUCAGUUCUUAUGGUAA